AUGUCCACCCCCCACCACCAAGGCGGCACCCUCUCAGAACUGGCGCCCGGGGGUACAACCAUCCCCCACGACGCCGGCAAACAAAACACCAUUCCCUCCGUGCCGCGCCCCGACCAACGGUCCGCGAACCGGCGAUUCGAUAACAUGGGCCUCGGCCAGCCGUCUUCGGCCUUCGCUGCCGAUAACGAUGUCACGAUGCCCCGGGGGCCGAGGGACCCCGGCUUGUCGGGUGAGGUGGUCACCGGGACGGGGAAUACGUUGCCUGCGGAGGGAGAGGCGAAGUGGAAUCAGGUUGGCACGGAUCGGCCUGGUGUCCGGGGAGAUACGAGGAGUUUGAAGCAUGGGGAGGUUGGGGUGGGUGGGUUGGAUGAGGAGUGA